GCCCAUCGAUUCCGUCCUUCCACGUAUCGUUGACGGUCCACAGCCCACUGAUCAUGGUCAUCCGCCUACUCCGCCUAUUGAUCGUGCCUUUCUACGUAUUGUUGAUGGUCCACCACCCACUGAUCAUGAUCUUGCGCGUAUUGAUCGUGGUCUUCCGCCCAUUGAUCGCCUCUUUCCGCGUAUUGUUCGUUGUCGUCCGCCCACUGAUUGGCGUCAUGAUAAUCAUCAGGACUGUCGGUCUUGAUUCGUCUUUCUGGCAUAUUAAUCCUUGGUUUUACGGAUUGUUGCGCUUCAAGCGUUACAGUCAUCACUUCUCAUUACUCUCUGGGCAUCAGCUGGGAGGUUAGGUGGGAAAGUGUUUUUCUGCGUUUGCAUCACGCAUAAAAGAUUCCCCACGAGCGAUUGAUUUUUUCUCAUAAGACAGGCUCGACUAGUCUUU